UCAUUUCAUUUAAAUGCGCACUAAACCACCAUUUAUCUCCAGCUCUCCUUUCUCAUCCAUUCCUUCUUCUUCGAUUGAAUGAAAUGGAGAUUGUGGUUAGCUCGAUCGUGCAGAAGAGGGAUCUCAUCACCCUCGAUCUCCUCAGAUCCAAUCGCUCAUCCAAAGCCCUCGGUCCACCGCUCAAGAUCUCUUCUGACAACGACGAUCUCCCUCCCCUGGACCUCAACCGGGCCCUCGAUGACGAUGCCCUGAGGCAGGCGGCGCUCCCCGGGAGUCAGAGCGUGUGCACCAUCGAGAAGGUGAAGCGGGCGCUGAAGCGUGAGACGGAGCGGCAGAGGGUCGGCGGCGGAGGGGGUUCUGCUUCGACUUCGGCUUCUCCUUCUCCCUCGUCGUCAUCCUCAUCGGUCACCACGGCCUCGAUCAGGCGCCGCGCGGACCGAGGAGACGAGGGGCUAGCGGCGGACGGAGGAGACGGAGACUCCGCCUCCGUCGCCGCCAGAGGGAGCCUCGUGGUGGUUGGGUGCCCCAGUUGCCUCUCCUACGUUCUGAUACCGAAGAGGAACCCGAGGUGUCCCCGUUGCGACGCGCGUCUCGCUGCGGCGUCGGUGCUGUCUCCGCCGCCGCCGCCACCACCACCACCGACGAAGAGACCACGAAUCGACCUCAAUUUUUCGCUUAGCACCCUCUAGUUUCUUUUAUUACAAAUCCAUGCGAUGAAGGGCUUUUGCAUGUAAAUUUUUCUCUCUGUCGUUUAAAAAAGCACAAAACUUUAUUUUUUUAAAAAAAAUUAUUUCCAUUUUACUUUGUAUUUUUUGUUGAUUUGUAGACGUUUGUUUUGCUAAUCAAUUCACCCCCCUCCCAAAUUUU